UGACAUUCAAUUAGGAUAUUUUUCCUGGCUAUACAUGUUAAUAAGGUUUGCUGAAUAGUACCAAAAGUAGAAGUCUGUGGGAUAAAAAAGUGUUGGGCUACCUAUAGAGAUAUACUGGAAAUUUAUGCAUAUUUGUGACUGAAAUGACACCUUUUUUAAAUGUAACAAAAACUGGGCGACAGGAAUAAGGAUAGGAUAGAAUCAUGGGUGAUGAGUGAACCUUUACACAGAUACUGAACUGUGAAGAAAAUUUGCACUUCUUGGGACUUUUUCCAGAAAAUUUUAAUGUGCCCUUGGUAUCACUAUUAGUUCAACUGCAGAAUACAAAAUACAUGCAGAUGUUUUGCAGACAAUGACAUUUUAUACCAUAGGAAUAAAUAGUGGAACAACUGAGAGUCGAAAGUCACUUAAGAAGCAUGUUUUAAAAAAAAUUUGGAAAAGAAAAGCAAACAAAUUAACAGAAAGUGUUUGACAUAUUAAACUGCAGAUUUCUUAAUCUUUAACUCAAAGGCCCAAAACUAGUUCAGCAAAAUCAAUGACUUCAAUUUACCUUAGAAAAUGAAAGAACUUCUGUCAAUACCAAAUUGAUUUUUACACCACCUAAUUUUUAGCAAAUAGAGCACCAAGGUGAAAUUUAUGAUACCUCAGUGGGGGCAAAGCCCAUUAGCCAUUUUCUCUGACGCGUAACAGGUUUGGGACCAGUGGAGCCUGAAAAAUGGAUGUUAUGUCAUAGGAAAAUUAGUGGUGACAUGAAACAAAGAAACAUUUUCAGGGGAAAAAACGCGAGGAUGUGAUCUAUUGAUCUGACAAACAAUUUCAGUGACUGAAAGGAUGGAUUACAAUGUCUGAUUAAAACUGGUUUCUAAGAUGGGUAUUUUAACAGUAAAGGAGGACAUUGUACUGUGAGGCUUUUAUAUUUUGAUGCAGAUUUUUGAGGGGCUCAAAAGUCUCUUGAUACACUCGCAUGAAACGAAUGGAUAUGGUAAUGGACAGAAAGGCAUGGAUCAGAUGUUGGAAGUAAUAAUUCAAACAGCAAUGGGAAUUUUUUAUGGAAGUAGGGACAAAAUAUGAUUAACAGGAAAAUGGGAGGAGAAAUGAAAAAGUCUGAAGUUGGCAUCAACUCUAAUAAAGAGAUGGAAGUGAUCACCAUGGCAAAAAUCAAUAAAGCAGUGCACUGGAACCCCUCUGUGCAGUCCCCUCAGCAGCCCAAACUCUCCCAAACUUUACUCCAAAAGCUUCAGAAUGCGGGGAUGCAUAAGAGUAAUUCAGAAAACUGCACUUCUGAUAAAACAGGGACUGUGAAAAAAAUGGUUCUCCAAAAGGCUAAUGACCGUAAUAAAAAGCACCUGGGUUCCUUGGGCACUAAAUCACACAAUCUAAGUAAAGAUAGGCACUCAGUUACUGUUGAAGUGUUUGUACAGAAUGAGGAUCAAUUAAUAAAACAGAUUAACAAUGCAGGAGGCCCUAAGGAAUCCAUGACUACUGCUACUACUGAAUCGGGGAAAAGCGAAAAUAUUGGCACAGAUAAAGUUACAAGAGAGGGACCACGCUGGACAAGUCACAGUAAUCAUGGGGCUAUUGAUCAGCAUUUAUUAAAGUCAGAGAAGCACAAACAAAACAAACGCUCUACAGUGGUGGCCUCAUUGUCAAACCAGGCCAGCAAGCAGGGUAAUGUAGUGAAUAAAAGAUACAUUGUUGCUCCGUCAGGCAGUCUUUCUCCUACCUCAGAGAGGCAGAAAAGAACUCUGAAUCGUCUCAACAACAAACAGUCCCAAGGGCACCAGCUGGAGAAGUACGUCAGGCCGCCAGGUGUUUACAUGACAGGCCCAGGAGGGCAUUACGCAGUUGACACCAGGAUCCACAAAAAUAACAACACAGCAGGAGAUCCUGUUGUCAGUAGUAGCAGUGGGGGAAAGCUGCAGAAUAGUUAGUAGGGGCAGAGGUGAGGAACAAAGGAGUAGAUCAGGUUCAAAAUAACCCAGCCCCCCACCCUAAACUCCACACCAGCCAGCUAGCUCAGCAGAGGCAUCCAGUACAGAAU